AUGCAGCUCAGGGCACACGUGCAAGAGUUGACAGUACCGCAGACUGCCGCUAGCUAUUCGUUGGGACAGCGCGAUGAUUUCGAAGAUCGAGACUAUGUCGCUCAACUCGUGGAGCACUUGCCUAAUCUUCGUCGUGUGCGAGUGAUGCACCCCCUUCCCCUUACCGAUCGCUAUAUAGACAGCUUUGAGGGCCAUCCUAACAAGCCGGAGCUGCAUAUACUAGCGUUCCAAGGGUGGGAGAAGACGCCUUCUCGCUCUUUAGAUUUUGUGUCCACCAUCAAAGCCAGUCUCCUUAGAGAAAGACAGCGGGUACAAACAGAUGAUGAUAACCUCCCGAGCAUGAUGUUGAAUUUCCAGAAGCUUUUCUUUUCUUGUCCGAACCUGAAGUCUUGCUCCUUGACCAUGUUCGGUCCUUUCGAAAAUCCCGACGCGCUCGCGACGUUUGAGAUGACAGGAGAAGAAAUAUUCCCUCGACUCGAAAGCCUCUCACUAAAUGGCUAUUUUAUUCGUCCAAAUGAAUGGCCUCACUGGCGCGACCGCUUUUCCUGGUCUUCGCUCUCUUCUCUCGAGGUGGGCCCACAACCAGAACUCACGGACAGAUUGUUGCAGAAGCUCAAGGGGCACACUACCUCUUUAAAGAAGUUCAAGAUAACUGUAUGGACUGGAGAGGAUGAAGCUGCUGCACAGGAACAUCUUGAGGGGUUUCUCUAUGCAUUUGAUAGCCUUGAAACGCUUGAAAUAACAAAUUUUGUUUGUCCUGUCGAAACAAUGGCUAACCACAGAAACCUCGUCCGCCUCGCCGUUCAUCUUGGAGAAGAAUGGGACUCCGAAGAAGUUAUCCCCUCGUGGAACGCUUCGGAUAUCGACUACUUGGAUGACAACUGCCCAAAUCUGGAGGUGCUUGAAAUUGAUUUUGAACGCCAGUCUGGCGCAUGGGAUGACGAACUCUUGAUAUCUGUCGCAAAGGGCUUCGAUUGUCUCCGUGAACUAUGUCUUCAUGUUCGUGUUGGCAGUGUUAGAGGCGAAGACCCACCUUUGACCCCUGUGCUCAAUUACCAAUCUGCACGAGAGAUCGGAUCUACCUUUUUCAAAGCUCGCAAGCACUCAUUCGAUUACUAUCAUUCGCGAAUGCCCAAUCAGAAACCGGAUCAACUCGAAAGAUUAUCUUUAAAAACGGGGGUUGACUGGCAUCUCUACAAUCGCUUCGACGGAGAUCAAACGGUGGAAGAACUAAACAAAAACACUUUUGAACUCCGAAAGCCAACUUUCAAUACGGGGAAGUUGACCCUGGUUCACACAGAAAGAGAUAAAAUCGAGGCGCAAAAUCGACAGGGGUAUCCGGGCGAAAUUGGAGCGCUUCAUGAGAACUAUUUAGGAAGCAUUAACAUCCCCACACGAACCGAGUGA